GUUUUCCAGCAAUCUUGUCACUUCGAGAUCAUGGCGUAGCGAUGUGGAUGGACGGGGGCAGUACUGGUGGGCACGGAGAAGUUCAGAAACCAACAACUGAUGAGCUUUUGUAAAUAAUAGCGUAUACAAACGAACGGAAAGCCCGGCAUCUCUUCGAGCAGAGUUUCGGUUUAUCAUUGACUAAAGAUGAUGUCUGAUGCCAGCGACAUGUUGGCAGCUGCCCUGGAGCAGAUGGACGGCAUUAUAGCAGGCUCCAAGUCUCUGGACUACUCCAAUGGGCUGUUUGACUGCCAGUCGCCCACCUCUCCUUUCAUGGGCAGCCUUCGGGCGCUUCACCUUUUGGAAGACCUGAGGAGCGUCCUGGAGUUGAUGGACACAGAGGAAAGGGAGAGUCUCCGCUGCCAGAUCCCUGACUCCACAGCCGACAGUCUGGUCGAGUGGCUCCAUGGUCACCUGUCCAAUGGGCACAUCUCUCUGGCUGUGGGUGACCACUACCAGGAAAGGCUUUCACGACUAGAGAGUGAUAAGGAGUCUCUGGUUCUUCAGGUGAGUGUGCUGACAGACCAGGUGGAGGCUCAGGGAGAGAAGAUUCGAGACCUAGACUUGUGUUUGGACGAGCACAGGGAGAAACUCAACACCACUGAGGAGAUGCUGCAACAGGAGCUUCUGUGCAGAAAUGCACUGGAGACCCAGAAGCUUGAACUGAUGUCUGAAGUGUCCAACCUAAAGCUGAAGCUGAAUUCCUUGGACAAUGAGAGACUUGACUUUGACAGAUUUAGGGACAGUGAGGAUUUGAUUCUUGAAAUUAAUGAACUGCGGUACAGAUUUACAGAGCUGGAGAGUGAAAAACUACAGUACGAAAAGAAACUUAAAUCCACAAAGGAGGAGCUAGCCAUGCUGAGGAGGCAGCUGGAGGGCAAAGACGGAGAGAUGAGGAGGCUACAGGAUGAGACUGACUUCAAAGCCAUUGCCUCGAGCAGUGCAGAUCCUACAGAAAGAGUCUCUCAUCCAGACGAAACUCUUAGAAAGAGGCUGAAAGAAAAACAUGUGGAAGUGCAAAGAAUGAAAAAGGCAGUUGAAUCAUUGAUGGCAGCCAAUGAGGAGAAGGAUCGUAAGAUUGAUGAGCUGAAGCAGUCGCUGCUGCGGUAUAAGAAAGUUCAGGACAUGGUGAUGUCAGUGCAAGGGAAGAAAGAGAAAACCAAAGAUAAUGAACACGUCGAGAGUCAUAGUGAUGGAGCUAUCACAUUCUUGUUAACCAACUCUGGGUCUACGGAGUCAGAAAAGCAUGAAGUUACUGAUGUUGAACAACUGAAAAGGACGAGCCCAGAUGAGUUGGAGAUCCUCAAUGGACUGAGUGAAGAGCCUUCACCCACACCUAGCCCUUCAGACCCAGAACAAGUGUCAGAGUCUGCACCAACAGAUUUAAUAAGCAGCCAAGACACCACAACGACUGGCAGCCAGGACCAGCUGGAUAAAAGCAAUAAUGAAAAGAAUACAAGCGAAGAGAUCAGUAAGAUCAGUGAAAAGCCGCCCAAAGGUCCCUCUGCUACCUUGCCUGCCACCACGGAGGACGACAGCUUUGGCUCGAGGAAGGCUCGUUCAUCUUUUGGAAAGGGCUUCUUUAAAAUCCGUGGGGGCAAGAAGACAGCCAGUAUCCCUAACCUUGACCGCAGCCGGAGUGCAAGUGCGCCUAUGCUAGCUGAGACAGAGCGACAGGGCACUGACCAUCUGGAUCUGGCCGGGCUGCCGCAGAGUUCUUCCAACAGUGACAGCACCCACACACUCCCUACGACCCCAGAGGGCAAGAAAAAAUCCAAAGGAAUUAAGAAACUCUUCGGGAAGCUAAAAAGGAGUCAGUCUACCACAUUUAACCUGGAUGACAACCUACCAGAGGGUGAGUUCAAGAGGGGCGGCGUGCGAGCCACAGCUGGACCCAGACUGGGUUGGUCUCGUGACCUCCAAAGAGGCAACAAUGAUGUUGAUGCUCCCUUUGCACGCUGGUCAAAAGAUCAGGUGUGUGACUGGCUGCAGGAUCAGGGUCUCGGUCUUUACGUGAACAUGGCUCGCGGGUGGAUCUUCUCUGGUCAGACACUGCUACAAGCCUCACAACAUGACCUGGAGAGGGAGCUGGGCAUCAAACACCCACUGCACAGAAAGAAGCUGCAGCUGGCUCUGCAGGCCCUCGGCUCAGAGGAGGAGGACAGUAAGGGAAAGCUGGACUACAAUUGGGUGACGAGAUGGCUGGAUGACAUCGGUCUGCCUCAGUAUAAGACCCAGUUUGAUGAGGGGAGAGUGGAUGGUCGCAUGCUGCACUACAUGACAGUGGAUGACCUGCUUUCUCUGAAAGUGGGGAGUGUCCUGCAUCACCUCAGUAUCAAGAGAGCUAUCCAGGUGCUCCGGCUCAACAACUACGAGCCCAACUGCUUGCGUCGUAGGCCAUCUGACGAGAACAAUAUUUCUCCAGCAGAGAUUUCCCAGUGGACCAACCAUAGGGUGAUGGAGUGGCUGCGGUCUGUGGACCUCGCCGAAUAUGCUCCGAACCUGAGAGGCAGCGGUGUGCACGGAGGCCUGAUGGUUCUGGAGCCUCGGUUCAACGUGGAGACCAUGGCUUUGCUGCUGAACAUCCCCCCAAACAAGACCCUGCUGCGCCGCCACCUCGCCACACAUUUCAACCUGCUAAUCGGCUCAGAGGCCCAGCAGCUCAAACAGGAGUGUCUUGAAAACCCAGACUACACUCUGCUCACCGCUACCACUAAGGUCAAGCCAAGGAAACUGUCAUUUGGCAACUUUGGCAGUCUGAGGAAGAAAAAGCAGGAUGACAGUGAGGAGUAUGUGUGUCCGAUGGAUGUGGAGAUGCCAAAGGGCCGAAGCUUUCAGAAAGGCUUCGAGCUCCAAAUAUAUGAGGACGACCUUGACAGGCUAGAACAGAUGGAGGACUCUGAGGGAACUGUGAGGCAGAUCGGAGCUUUCUCUGAGGGUAUUCAAAACCUGACGAGCAUGCUGAAAGACGAUGAAUUCUUCAAAGAGACUUCAAAUUCACCGAACCUCAGCGUAACAGAUGAGGACUCUACUGCAUGAGAACUGUCACCACCAUGAGACCUGGUCUUACUGUGAAUGAAACUCUGUGCCAACCCUCCCCACUCGCACACAGACUUGUCUCAACAAACCCUAAGAAUGCUCCCACAUUUAGUGUUACGUUAAGAGAUGAUCCAAAAGUAUUACAGUGUCUUUCUUUUAUCAGUUUUUUAAAGGACGUUGUUGAGAACGCCUACAGUCCGGUAGCCGCCAUUACUCCUGACCGUCGUCUCCUUUAAUGUGGUCUGAUGACCGAGGGAACAUUUAGGGCAACACCACUGCUCACCUGCUAGCUGAUUUCUGAAGAUAUUUUGUACUGGCAUCUUUAGCAUCAAAUGUCAUCCAGCAGGGGGGGAAAGACAUCUACAAAAUGCCGAUAUAGAUUUUAAUAUAAUUCUUUUAAAUUGCCUUCUGACUGUAGAAACAUUUUAAAAAAGAGAGAUGGACUUCCUUCAUAAGUGAUAAUGCCGAGAAGCGUUUCCUAUUUUUUUUAUAAGUUCGUAUAAAGUAAUAACUCAGAAACGGCUGCUAUGUUUUCUACAGAACUAAACCUCGCUAAUUUAAUGGAAAUAUUUUAUCAUACGCUGAACAUUUUACAGGUCUUCACUCAACAGUAAUAGUCAACAUGCAUUUGCACCAAUACAUAUCAUAGAGUACAAAGCAUAAGGAAUAUCAUUGCAUGGUAUUGAAAUUCAACACAUUAAUAUAAGAGCUUGUUGUCUAUUUUAUUUUUUAUUAUAAAUAGAUUUUUAAUGGAACCCUUUUGGCUAUUUUCGGAAGAGUGUGGUGACAUGUUCAGAAAAGUUUUUUUUUUUCAAAAUAAUGUUGUAAUGCAAACCUCGACCAUACCUGAGAAGAAAGACUGUGUUGUUGUUUUUUAUGUUUAUCCAUUUAUAAGAUCAAUAAAGUUAUUUAAAUCCG